AUCUGUAGCACUUUCGUCUAAACCACAUCGGACUGAAAGUUCUAUAAUAAAACUCCAAAUAAUACCAGCAUCAUUUUUGGGCAAAAUACAUAAUUUAUAUUUCCAGUUCCUAUUUCUGUGAAGCAAAGCACUAAAAAAAUUACCUCACAAUGUGUGGAUAUGGUUGCGGUGGCUACGGAUGCGGUCCCUGGGAUUCCUGUGCUCCAUGCAGCGCCGGCUGUGGACCCUGGAGUGUCUGCGGAGGCUGCGGACCCUCUGGAGGUUGUGGAUGUGGACCAUGCGGCGGCUGUGGGCCCCUGGGGUGUGGUCCGUCUGGUCCAGCCUGUUGGCCCUUUGGCUUAUAUACGUGCUAAGCUUUGGAAAGAAAUUAGGAGGAGCAAACGCUACGCCCGACACUUUUCGAAACAAGAUCGGAAUAGACGCCUAUUUGUGUCUUGGGUUACAGGCUGUGCUCCGCGGAAAGGCAGCGAACCAACCAACCAGCAAGAUAUAUGCUACCCCAUUAACAUACACAAUUUCUGUAAUGGCGUUAAAUUCUGAACAAUAAAAUUUUUACCUGUCAA